GUAUCACGCCAACCCGCUGCCGCAGCUUCACUUUGGCAACUUUCAGAUCCUUGGCGUGUUGCUUGUUGCCGGGAAGACUGGAGAAGAGUUGCCCAAUGUUGCUGGAGAUCUCAUCGACAUCGGCUCGGACAAUCCGACAACAGUGGCAGCACCCAUCAGCUUUCAGCAAGCGCUUUCUCGGGCCAUGCGCACAGAGCCGGUUCCAAGGACCGGCGUGUGUCACUGA